UAGUAGGUCGGUUGGUUUUUUCAGUCUGUUGUCUCUAUUCCAUGAUAAAUUACUCCAUCUACUUACGUAGAAGAUGCCGGGUUCUGUACAACUCGCAUUUAGCAAUUCAAUGUCACGGAUUGGGGAUUACCUUUCAUAGCGGGUAUCUUCGAUUCUUUUUUUUCAGUCUACAGCGAUCCUUCGUCUUUAUUAGUGAGACUUUAAUGUCGGAAUUAUAUAAUGAUAACGGAGUUCAAUGUCUCGACUCAAAGUGAAGUGAGAUAAUCGAUUUGGAAUAUUCAUUAGUGUGCUGUAGGUGAUUGUUAUGCGAAAAGUGUGCUAUGUUUAUGGAUAAGUGUGGAUUUACGCUGCUGCACAGUGGCUCUUAUUGCUCGUUGAGUUUGGCAAAGAAUUGAAUUUUUUGUGUGCUCUGUGAUAUCUGGUAUAAUUUUCAAAAACUGCUUGUGAAUGAAAAAGAAUUUCAAUGAAGCAUAUAAACUCAACAUGCAGAGGUGUCCUUACAUCCACGAGAUGAAGGAGCGCCUUUUAGGCGAACAAAUAUCCUUAGAUCCUGCUCCCAAAAUAGUACCAGCUCAGACCAACAACAAAAUGGAGCCAUCACCUGCACCAAUUCAACCAAUACAACAACAGACGGUAGCUACCAUAGUUAGGUUAAAUGCUGAUGGUUAUGGUUCUCCAACACACCACGUCGCAGAUAGGACACCUCUCAUGCAUAGAGAUAUUGUGGAAGACUUAUCAUGUCCUGAGGAUUCACAAUUUCCAAAGAAUGCUAAAACCUCCCUCUUCAUAAUCAUGAGUUUCGUUUACGCAAAACUUCUGAUCGUAAUCUGCAUAGCUUAUGUCAUUUCCGAUGUUGUUACCCACAAUAUUCCACUCUACUAUUACGAAGGAUUCUUCACUUAUCUCUAUGGAAUGAGUAUACUGUUUCUCCUAUACGUUUUCUGUUUCCUUCUCCAAGAGAGCUCUUGUUGUUCUGGUUCGGAGAAGAACGAACCACCGAAGAAAGUAACAAAAGACAAAACGAAGGAAAAAGAGAAAGAGAAAAAGAAAGAAGAGGAAAAAAAGAAAAAAGAAGAGAAGGAAAGGAAAGAAAAGGAGAAGAAAGAAAAAGCUAAAGAAAAAGACAAAGAUAAGAAACCUAAAAAGCAGGAGAAGAAGGAGAAAUAUCCACAAAAGAUGCGUGACCUGGUUCAACAGAGAAAUAUCUCUAAUAGUCCUGAGGGCACUUAUCGUCGCAACUCAGAAGGGGUAGUGGACUCAGGUCUGCCAGUCCCUGUGACCGAACUGAGUGUACAAAAUGACGUGCCUGUUGUCUCUCAGGAACAGACAGCACCUUCUUGUCAACCUCCUGUUCCUCCGCCACAGCCACAACUUCCAACAGCACCCUUGGCAGUAACUCCUGUACCACCAGCUUCUGUAGAUUUAGAGCUGGGCACAGUAGCGAAAUGUAAGAGGAAAAGGAAAACCACCCAGAAUGAUCAUAGCCAUGGCAGUUUCUUCUUGAGAAUAGGAGCGAUUGCUUUCGGGUUGGCGACCAUGAUAUACAACGGACUGGAAUUUGGAACAUUUUUCGAGAUUCCUUUCACUUCGCCAUGCUAUAUGAUUUUGAAGGGUGUUAAUCCUGUUCUUCAAAUGAUCUUCACCUUCAUGCAAAUGUACUUCAUCUUCAUGAAUUCGAGACUCAACAUACAUCGGUUCAAGGUGAUAGCACGUUUCGGUUUGAUGCAUGUUGUUGCAACCAAUAUAUGUGUUUGGAUUAGAACUCUCGUGCUAGAGUACAUCAAAGAAGUGACGUUGUAUCAUCGGAAAAUGUUCAAUUCCACCUUUCCAUCCAGUUAUUCUCCAAUAGCAGAGAGCAUACGCCUACAUACAAUGAGAAAUGCCAACUCUGUUCUUGGUACACACUUAGUUCAACCUGACAAAAUCAUUCCUACACUCUCCUCCAUAGCAACAUCUACUGGUAUCUCAACACCAACAGUGAAAACGUUUAUAUCGAAUAGUCUACGCACAGCUGCUACCACCUUGAGAAGUGUACCUACAACUAUACCAACUACAACAACAAGACGUUACAUAACAACAACUACCCAAGCUGUUCCAAGAACUGUUCAUAAAUUUUUUCAAACGUUUAUGCCAACUACUACAACUACAACAACGACAACUACGACCACUACUCCUUUGCCAAUGCCAAUGCUUACAAGAACUACGACUAAAGCAUGGAGAGCUAUGACAACGGCAGCUACUACACCUACAACUACGAUGCGCAAUGAUUUCAUCGACUUUAUGUCUUUAGAUCGCUUUGCCAAAGUGGCUGAAGAUAACACCAAAUCCUUGAAUUUUUCGGAGAGGUUGAGCGAUCUUUACCCUCAGGCUCUAGUGUCCUUGAACUCCACAAUGAACAUAACUGAUAAUACUUGUGGACGUUUGAACAUAAUGGGAACUAUUGUGAAUGAUUCUGCUCCAUAUCUAUUCCCAUUUAUCAUCGAAUACUCCCUUAUUGGAGCUGCUGUUAUUUAUGUCAUGUGGAAGCAUAUUGGACGAAAUCCCAAAUACGUUACUGAGGAAGAUUUAGAACACAGGCUGGAAAUAAUGUUGUCCCGUAGAGCUGCAGCUUUAGCCCACGCCCAACAGCAUGGUAGGGUCGACUGUGUUGGAGCUUCUAAAGGACUCUUCUUUGGGCUCCUUCUGCUCGUCGGCUCCCUUAUUUGUCUCAUACUCUUCUUUGUGCUGAUCCACCAGGAGAGAUUCAGUCUUCUAGCCAUUUACUUAGCAGAUGUAUCGCACUGUGCACUUAUGGCGCUCAGCAUAAUAGCGAUCAUUAUAGGUUUUAUAAGGAUGAGGUUGAAGGAAUCCGAACUCGAUUACAGGGUCCAGAAUCUGAAAUUCAAGACGGAAGAACAGACGGACCUCAAUGACAUACUUUUACGUGUAUCAGCCUUUGGACUCUUCCUGUAUGCAGUCUUUGGUAUAAUAGCUGGACAUCUCAAUGCUUUUACGAAAGAACCCAAUAUGUUAGUCAUGAUCACCGGAUGCUUGUCUGUAGUUCAAGUGGUAUUGCAGUUAUUAUUCAUCGCUGAUGUCUCAAGACGUAGAGUUCAUCUCCCAGAACAUGAUCGCUCUAAACCUGGAAGACAAGUCGUAACAUUCCUACUGAUAUGUAACGUGACGAUGUGGAUUAUCUAUACCUUCGAGAUACAAAAAGUGGAGGCUAAUCCUGUUCAGUUGGAAUUUUAUGGCUUCUUGGCCUGGGCUAUCGUACAACGUUUCACACUGCCCCUUUGUAUUUUCCAUCGUUUUCAUUCAGCCGUAACAUUGGCCGAGAUUUGGAAAACAAGCUAUAAAGCACGACUCGAAUGAAUUCACAACUAAUCCGUCGGAUCCUCACAAUUGUCAUUCGCCCAAAAUUCCAACAAAUAAUUUUAUUCUUUUCGAAUCAAAUAUAUCGAAAUAUGGUGAAUUUGAAACAUUUCAGAACAUUUCGGCAUAGUUAACAAGUAACAGAAAAAGUCGAAUAAUUUCUUGUAAAAUAUGUAAGUCUGAUAUUUUUGCUCAUGGCUUUAAAACUCGAAUAGAAAGAAUAGCGUUUAUUUAUUUUCGUUUCUAAUGAUUUCUUAUAUUUUAUAUUUAAAUAUCUUUUAUUUUUAUGUAAAUAUUUCCUACAUAACAUAUCGCAAUUUGUAUAUAAGUGGACAAUUUUCAACAGAAAAUGUUCAAAACCUGAGAUUUGCUUCACUGACAAAAUAAUUGUUGACAAAACGCACAGAACAAUGUUUAUGUGUUUUAAAUUGUAUCGCUGUAAAUGUAUGAUAGCAUGUUGUUUGUGUCUAAAUAUUUUCGUUACUUAUGAGAGCGGUUCUUUGAGAUUACUGGUGGAUUUCCUGUUUUUGAAGUCUUCCAUUGGGCAUUUCGAAACAAUAUGCAGAGACUCAAAAGAAUCAGAAUUGCCAUAGUUCUUCAUUUACGACAGUUUUGUAUCCAUAUUUUAAUGAACAUAAAAAACAAACGAGAACAAAGCUAGUCAUCGAUUGAUUUUUUACAAUCAGCUAUGAAUUAAUGAUUUUAUUUAUUGUAGCUACUACUUUCUUUCAUUUAAAAUGAAUCUAUUUAAAACCCGUCGAAUAUUGAAUUUUGAAUGAUUCAAUAAUUUGAAUAAUUAUUUGCUCAUAAAUUGAAAUGAAAAUUGCUUUCAUUGUUGGUACAAAGAGAACCAGUGAUUUCAACGAACAGAAAUUUUAAAACAAAUUUUUCCACUUUUUGUAUGAUAUUCUUAGUUGAGCGCUACGAAAAAUGAUAAUGAAAUUGUAGAAUACGAAACUGUAGUUGUGUAAAUGUAAAUAACAUUAUUAAUACAGAGUAAUAUAUUAUAUCUAUAUAGUUGAGAGUAAUUUGAAUUGAAUGUGAUCUUGAAUAUUAUUACUAUUGUUACCUAACAUUUGAAUUCCAUAAAAAAAAAUAAAUGGUAAAUUUCAAACCAAUUAGGUUAUAUUAUGGAACUGAUUCAUUUUGUGUAUUCAUACUAUGUAAAAGGAGCAAUUUUAUGCAACCUACACAUAGCUGCUUCUGUGGACCAUCUAAAACAAAAAAAUGAGACUCAUAUGGAAGAUUGACCUUUAACAAUUUUUCUUGACAGAAUAUUAUAUACUUGCACAUUGACAAAACUAAUACCCAUAUAGUUUGAUAUAACUUUGAAAAAAAUAGUUAUAUUCUUUAUGAUACAUUUUACAAUUCCAAAGAGGAACAAGGAUGUCAUUUUUAAUAAUAAUCAUUCGAAUCACAGAUUUUUGUCGAAAAACUUACAUAUAUAAAUAAAUGGAAUUUCAACAUAAGUUUUCAUUCAUAAUAACAAUAUGAUAAUGUUUAUAUUAUUCAUCUUGAAGUUGAAAAGUAAGAAAUAUUAAUUCGAUAAAUGUUUAUAAGGUUGAUAAGAUGUAAAUCGAAAAUAAUAGUGUUGGAUGUUGUAGUUGAAGAUGUAUACCUACCUAUAUAAUUCUACAGGGUUUCCCAUCAACAAUUUCGCUCAAUUUUCUACAAAUUUGGCGAUUGUAAUCCCAUAAUGUUUUUCUGAUGGGGGUGGAAUAUCCUGUACACUGACAUGAAUAAUUAAUGAAUUAAUUGAUGGAUUUUACGAAGUUGAUGUCUUUGAAAUAAUGCGAGCAGCUCAAAGUUGAAGAACCCAAAAAUAUUUAUGCAUUUAUGAAUUAGAUAUCUGAAUGAUUUUCCACUUAUAGAAAUUCCAAAUUAUAAAGGGUGUCCCAGGUUCGUCACGUUAUAGACGUUUCUGAGCCUAUUUGAUUUCUGAAAAUGGGGAUUAUGAUAUUAUUCGAUAUUUUCUAUGUUCAAAUAGUUUUGCCACCAAAGUACUUCCGGAAUAACAGGGAAUGCAAAAAAAAAUUAUUUAUUUUUCUUUGAAUGAUUAGAUAUUCAAUUCUUUCUGUUUCAACUGUUACACUGUUGCAAAUAAAUUUCCAAUUAUCAAUAAAAUAGUUUGAAAAUUGAAGAAUUCGUAGUCCGUAUCUUCCAAUUCAAUAACUCCUGAGUUAAUUGAGAUCUUCUUGAUUAAAGUUGUGUGUGAAGUAAUUUUCUUCUACCCAUCUUGUAACCUUUUCAUCAAUUCUAAGAUAUUUUUAUGAAAUAGAUUUUAUGAUUUUGACUCCACUUACAAAAUAAAUCAAGAAAAUCUCUUGAAUUGAAUAAAUUCAAAGUUGCACGAUAUUUCUACAUUCCCAUUCUUUGAGAUUGUGAAAAUACUUAUUGAGAGUUCAAUGAACAAAAUAAGGACUACUCGCAUAUCCAUUGUUUUAUUGAUAUUACCUAUUUGGAAUAAUGCAACAGGUGGAACAGAAAGUCGUUCAGAAUUGAAAACCUAAUCUAGAAGAAAAAUAGGGAAAAUCAUCUCAAAUGGAAAGUACUUAGGUUGCAAAAAUAAUUUUGCUUAGUAGAGAAUAAUAUUGUAAUCUCAAUUAUCAUAUUCCUUAUAGGCCCUUGAAAUUGGAACACCUUGUAAAGAAUCAAGAAGGCUUUGAGACUUUGGGACGCCUAUUGAAAAUUUGCACGUUUUCUGAAUUUUUUGAAAUUGAAUGGACAUUUUUCUGGAGUGUCAUAAUCUAUAAUAAUAAUGACUAUGUUUAGUUUCAUCUUGACAAAUGAUUACAAGCAAUUUGCAUAAUUCGAGUUACAAUUAUUAUUGGGUAUAUUAUUGGAUGAAAUUAAACCAAUUGAGUGUUCAGGCUUUAGUGGAAUCUCAUUAGAGUUGUUACAAAAGUGAGAUAACUUUUAGCAGAUUCCAGCCAAGAUUCGAAUCUGUAAAUACACUAUUUUUCCUAUUCUCUAUAAAUUCUGAAUUUUCAUGACCAAGACUAUUAACUUAAAUUGCCACUGAUGAGGAGGAUAACAUCAAUCUCGAAUAAACAAAAAAUAAUUUCCUUCGAAGUUUAAGACAUCUCAGGCUGGCAGACUAUUUUUUGUGUGAUUUGGUGAGCAUUUCUGUGUUCUUCGAACUCUGAAAAUUGCCGAAUGAGAAUAAUGAGCUUGCUAAGAUAUAUUCGUAUAUAUUGAAAUUUCGAAAAUGUAUAAUACUUCCAUGUGAAGUUUAGGGUAGUUAAGUGUUUGUCUCAAAAAAUCAGGUAUCGCUCAAUUUGUCGAGCUGAGCCUCGGAAAAACCGUGUCGUAUGAUUCUUCCCAGCACUGCCGUACAUCUGAAUGUAAUUAGUGUACUUAACAUUUCAUUGACAUGGUUAAAGUUUUGCUUUCAGCAGCAGUUGAAUUUUCCAUUUCACUCAUGAAAAUUUUCUUAUUGUACCAUUUGAGUUCAAUUAAAGAAUUGAAACUUA